AUGGGUUCUCGAAAUAUUUUAAUUUUCUCUUCGUUUUUUAUUUACUUACAUUUUAAUAAUAGUUAUAUUUUAAGCGCGACUACAGCUAAGUCAGAAUUAGAAUGUGAAUUUCCACCAAAGCAAGAAGAAGAUUUUACUCAUAUAAGAAGGAAAAGGUUAACAACAGAGUCAGGACUUGUUUGCUUAGAAGAUUACCCUUACACUGUGUCUAUACGAUUGCAUGGCAAGCAUUGGUGCGGCGGCGCUAUAGUUGGUCUUCAAUGGAUACUCACGGCUGCUCAAUGUUUUGACUAUGUCACUAUAGAAGAAGUAACUGUUCGCAUGGGGUCGGUGUUUAGAGACUUUGGCGGUAAAAUGGUAUCAGUUAUUGAUAUCCAACGACAUCCAGAGUAUAAGAUGGAUCAAUAUUAUCCCGAACAUAAUUUGGCUUUAAUUAAGAUAAACAUCAAAAUAGAAGUGAGUAGUAGGAUUCAAACGGUGUCCCUUGCAACGACUGAUGCUGAAAUUCCAGCAAUGUUUGGAGAGGUUGUUGUCACUGGAUAUGGAUCUGUGGUGACAGGUCAAAUAAGGGAAGGAGUGAAUCAAGAACUUCGUCGCAUGAUAGUUAAGCAAGUUCCGCGGUCGGAUUGUCGUGUUGUGUAUGGCAAUGAUUAUCACAUACAGCACGAUCACAUGUGCUUGGAAAGUGUUGUCAAAGGAGUAGCUUUGUGUGCGGGUGAUACAGGCGAUCCCGCGGUACAUUUCAGUGGUGUCAAUAGGGCAGGCACGCUCUUUGGGAUAGCGUUGUUUUCUGGUACUGAGGAAUGUGCUAACAAACACAAACCCGGCGUCUAUGCCAAGGUCUCCCUUAGCCGUGCCUGGAUCAAUGGAAUUUUAAAUGAAAAUGAACGUUUGGAAAGUGCUGAUAGUGGUGAAAAUGCAAUACCGAUUGAUAUGGACUAG